GGUUGCGCUUGUGAUCGCGACGCCUGAUGUCGAGGGAUGGCCCAGGGCCCCCCGGCGCCCCCGGCGCGGCCCUGGCUCGGCGAAUCGGGGGCAUCGCUGUCCAGGGGCCGCCCUGGAUCGCAGGUCGAUCAAAUCGCCCGCGCGAUCGAACCGACCAGACGAGUCCAUCGAGCCAUGGACAGGCCUGGGGGAGAGGGGGGAGGGCCGGCCAGACAGCGCCUGCGACUGCCGGGAGAGUGGUGGGAGGGCGUGCGAGGGCCCGCGCCGACUGGCAAAACAGAGAAAAAGAAACCGAUCACGUGCUGCUUCUGGGGCGCUUGCCGCGCGGCCGGCGGCGGCGGCCUUUGAGGCGUCGCCGCCCGGGCAGCGCUGCACCCCCCGCUGGGGAGGCCGCGGCUCAGGCAGCGCCGGGGCGCACACC